GUCAGGAGCUUGUAGUUGACCAGCGUUUUACACCCUGCUGGACGCACUGAGACACUGGAUACGUGCUAAUUUUUUUCACUACAAGACCAGGCAACUAAUGAAUGGAGAUUUUUUUAGUAUGGCAAAAAUCAGUGGAGAUGUACAUUAAGCUGCUCUGGACAACCUGACUGCCCAGUCUUAUCGGCUGACAGCUGUCACAUAGCUGACUAGCUUGGAGAGCUAAGGCUAGCUGCAGUUAUUUUUUAGCUCCCACAGUCUGGACAAGUUUGUCAGCCGGUGUGUAAGUAGGGACAAAGCGACAACUUCUGAAAGACGCUUGUCUCCUGCUCAAAUCAUGAGUUAGCUUAGGUAAGGAAAUGCGAGCAGCAGUAAUAAUAAUAUUGGAGGUCCGGCUAGUUUAGCUUGUUUUAUAGCUUUCAUUCAAUGUUAAAAAAGAAGCUGCUGAAGCCAUACCACCGGUACCUCAGUGAUUAAAGGCAGAACGUAACAAACAGUAACCUUUGUUUUAACACUGAUUCGUUUUGGACUUUGGCCGGCUCUGGAUAUCAGGUGGAAAUGAAGAAAUUUUUUGAUACACGUCGGGAGUUUGCGGGGUCUGGGCCUGGUUCUGGAGCCGGUGGAGGAGGCGCAGGUUCCGGCGGCGGUGUCAGUUUCAUCGGCCGGGUCUUCAGCAUCGGACGAUAUCAAGUGACUGUGGAGGAAAUUAUCGCCGAAGGAGGUUUUGCAAUAGUUUUCUUGGUGCGGACACAUCAAGGCCAGCGCUGCGCACUAAAAAGAAUGUAUGUCAAUAAUGAACAUGACCUGCAGAUCUGCAAACUUGAGAUACAGAUUAUGAGAGACUUAGUUGGUAACAGAAACAUAGUUGGUUUUCUGGACUCCAGCUUAGCUGCAGUCGGAGCUGGUGAUGUGUGGGAAGUCCUAAUCUUAAUGGACUUCUGUCGAGGUGGGCAGGUGGUAAACCUAAUGAACCAACGAUUACAGACAGGUUUCAGUGAAACUGAGGUGUUGCAGAUCUUUUGUGACACGUGCGAAGCUGUUGCACGUCUUCACCAGUGCAAGACUCCCAUCAUCCAUCGAGAUCUUAAGGUUGAAAAUAUCCUUCUUCAUGACCAGGGUCACUACGUGCUCUGUGACUUUGGAAGUGCCACCAACCGCUUCCAAAAUCCUCAGACGGAUGGGGUCGCAGUUGUAGAAGAAGAAAUUAAAAAGUACACUACGCUCUCUUAUCGGGCUCCAGAAAUGGUCAACCUGUACGGUGGACAAGUCAUCACAACAAAGGCGGAUAUUUGGGCCUUGGGUUGUCUACUGUAUAAGCUGUGCUUCUUCACCCUUCCUUUUGGCGAGAGCCAAGUAGCUAUUUGUGACGGCAGUUUUACCGUCCCUGACAACUCCCGCUACUCCCAGGAUAUGCACUGUCUCAUUAGAUACAUGCUGGAACCUGAUCCAGAAAUGAGACCAGACAUCUACCAAGUGUCCUACUUCGUCUUUAAACUGGCUCGACGAGAGUGCCCAGUUCCAAAUUUAUAUAAUUCACCCAUUCCUGCAAAACUUCCUGAGCCCAUCAGAGCCAGUGAAGCUGUAGCCAAGAAGAGUCAGACUAAAGCCAGGCUCACAGAUCCAGUUCCAACGACAGAAACAUCAAUUGCACCUCGACAGCGACCCAAAGCUGGGCAGGCACAGUCCCAGCCGAUAUCGGGCAUUCUUCCCAUCCAGCCAGCUCUCACCCCACGCAAGAGGCCUAAUGUGGCUGCAGCAACUCCACCGGCUGUAGGGGUUGGUAUCAGUGUCCCAGCUGCAGCUCCUGUCCAACCUGCUCCACAGGCUCCAACUCUACAGGCUGCUCCACAGACGGCCAACAUGCAGCCACAGCAUCAGCAGCUCCUCAUGAAGCAGCAGCAAGCUGCAGCCUUCAUAAGCCCGCAGAGCAACCAACAGCACCAACUACAGAUGAUGUCCCAUCACCAAACACCUUUCCAAGCAUCUACUCUGCUGCAGUCCAAAGUUAAACCUGUUCCUUCAGUCCUUACCCAUCACGUUCAGCAGCAUGUAGUCCAUGAAACAGCAGCGUGUCAUCUCACUCCCAUCCCUGAGUGUGCAGCUCUCGGUCGUGCAGAUGGCCCAGAGGCUGCAGGCAGAGCGAUUCACAAAGCUGGCUCUUUGACACCCCCCUCAUCACCAAAGGUAGCCCCUAAAAGUGGCCACAGACGAAUCCUGAGCGACGUCACCCACAGCGCCGUGUUUGGGGUCCCAGUCAGCAAGUCCACCCAGCUACUUCAGGCAGCCGCAGCUGAGGCCAGCCUAAACAAGUCCAAAUCAGUUAGCACCACUCCCUCUGGCUCCCCGUGCUCGUCCCAGCAGAGCGUGUAUCAUCCAGGUGGUGCUGACGCUCCAUCGGCGCUCGCAGCCCCCAACUCUCAGCCCAGCUGGAACCCCUUUGGAGAUGAUAACUUCUCCAAGCUGACGGCAGAAGAGCUGCUCAAUAAGGACUUUGCUAAACUUGCUGAGACUGCUUCUGCAGGAGAAAGAGGCUCCAAUUCCAAUGAAAGUCUCAUUCCAGAGCUCAAUGCUUUUCCAGCAAAGACAGAAGUGUGUGUGGAUUCGCUGAUUCCUGGUUUAGAUGCGCCCCAGACCCAGCAGCAUUCAAGCCAGCCAGAGUGUGUUGCUGCCAGCAUGACAGAUUCCUUCACUGGGGACGACUCUCUGUUGGGUUGUGGUCUGCUAACUCAUGCUUCUUGCACAAACCAGCACGUCACUGGUCUCUCUUGCGCCUACUCUUCUGUUCCCCCUGGUUGUGGCUCUGGAUCCUGUCUGGAGGAGCUGCAACCUGAUCAGACUGCUUCUGACUCUUCUUUCCUAAUGUCUGGUGGGAAGAAGGUCAAUGAUGAUGAGUUUGACCCUAUUCCUGUGCUCAUCCCAAAAAAUUCAAAUCAAGAUCUCCAAGGGGAGAGUAAUGGGUACUCUGUGCUCGAGGAGGGUGUAGAAACUGAAGAUCUUGAAGGAAAUGCACUGAACGAUGAUAGCUCCGAGCACUCCAGUGAUGAAGAUGAACAGAAAGAAGCUCAUAAGUUGGAGCUACAGGAUGGAGGAGCAGUUGAGAGUGAUGUCACUGCCCAUGACUGCAGUGGCUCUAGACCUCUGCUGAUGGACUCUGAUGAGGACGAGCACAGACCUCAGCUGGCACUACAGUCAUCACUGCACCCCAACACAUUACCAGUACAAUCGUCCGCCACCUUCCCCCAACCUACACCAAGCACCUUUGGUCACAGUCAGUCCUGGCAUGUAUCCGAGCCAGCAAAGGGGACAGAUGUCACUCCAGAUGUCUUCUCUAAAGCUCCUUUUCCAACUGCACAAGAGGACUCCGUGGAUGUUUUUGCCAAUGCUCCAUUUCUGCGUGCCCCGCUUGCAGCUCAGCAGCAGCCCGACGUGUUCUCACAGGCUCCCUUUGGGAAAAGGAAGGAACACACAGCAGCACAACCGAAGACCUCGUACUCCCAAGCAGCUCAGAGUCUAACUGAUCAGGGAGUGCUGGCACAAAUGGUCCAACAACCGUUCCGGCCUCAAGCUCUAUCCAAAUACUCCAGACACUUUGAGGGGUCCGUGCUGCAGCAGCAGGGUGCAGCUCACAGAGCUGCGUCCGAUGUGAGCAGGCAGGCUGCUGUGGCAGCAGUUCCUGCUGGACCGCUUCACUCCUGGACCUCUGAAGUAAACACUGUAGACCCCUUCAUCUCUGCACCCUUUAACCUAAAAGCGCCACAAGAAAAACCUUGAAGUCAGAAAACCAAGUAGAGGAAAUCUGCAACACUGAAUUAUGCAAACUACAUCAGACGUCCUGCAUGCUGUCUCCAGCACUGCAGCUGGACUGCAGA